CUGAAAAUCUAAGACGAACGAAGCUCUCUCUCUCUCUACUCUUCCUCCAUUUUCAAGCGUAUUUGACUCUCUUUCUUUGAGAUCCCAGGGUCCCCAUUUGUAAAUACUUCUCUAUUCACCUCUCAUAUAAAAAUUUGUAUAUAUAUAUUACACCCAUUUCAAUAGAAAGAAAGAAAAAACUGAAUCUUUGAAUUCUUCAAUCAAUUUCCAUUUCCCUUUUUUUUUUUUUAAUUCUCUGUACAGGCAUAGAGAAAUACUUUUCCUCAGUUUGAGGAAAAUCACUUUCUCUUCUUUCUUUUCUGAAAUUGUGAGCCACCAUAACAGUAACUGGGUCGCUGAAAAUCAUUGGGGCUUGCAUCAAUUUCUUCUGGGUUUCUGAAAAAAAAGAAAAUAACAAAAUUCUAAUUGUUGGGUUAUUCUUAUUUUUUCUCUGAUUUCCAAAGAAGGUUAAAAAAUUGUAACUUUACAGUAUAUUUGUGGUUGGGAUCGGAAACCCUAAUUCCCAAAAGGCGAAGUGAAGAAGAAGCAGAAGCAAAAGCAAAAGGCAGAAGCUUUGUUUCAUGGCGGUUUCUACUAUAGCUUUAUACGCGAGUCCACCGAGUAGUGUGUGUUCCACGCCGCACCCUUGCCAGAUCAAUGCGCACGCUACCUACGACUUCGAAUUGGGGUCUCGAUCUUCGUCGCCGGCAUCGACAACGGCGGCGUCUACGUCUCAGAAGCCGGUAAUGGGUGGACUUUCGUGCCUGUUCUCCUCGCCGGCGACGGUGGCGGUGAAGCACGUUCCGUUGUCGUCGAGCUUUUCCGGCAGCGUAGAGGAAGAUGAAUUGAAGGAACUAAGUAGCUCCUUCUCGUACUCGCCGAGCAAGUUUGGUGGGUCUUCUUGGAAGAGAGAUCAAAGCCCAGUUUCGGUUUUUCAUGGCCCAGUUUCGUGUAGCAGCUGCAGCACCGUUCGUUCUGUUAGAAGUUCCACCCCUGUGAGGAUUGGAUGUGAAAGGGGUGGGACUAAUGGCUUUUUUGAUGGAUUUGUGAGGAAUGCUUUGGGUUCUUGUUUGGAUUAUGAUUCUCCAAGUUUCAAGGUUCAUCGUGGUGGUGACUUAGAUGUGGGUGCUUCUUCUUCUGUUCUGGUUGAUGAGUUGACCUUCAAUUUGGAGGAUACUUUUGUGGAUGGUGACUUUGAGCCCUAUGCUAAGAAGUUGUUGCUUGGUGCCCAGUUGAGGCACAAGAUCUUCUGUGAAGAGUUCGUUAUCAAGGCUUUUUGUGAAGCCGAGAAAGCUCACAGAGGGCAGAUGCGAGCUAGUGGGGAUCCUUAUUUGCAGCAUUGUCUGGAAACUGCUGUGCUACUGGCUUUGAUCGGUGCCAAUUCCACUGUAGUUGCUGCGGGGCUUUUGCAUGACACUCUUGAUGAUGCUUAUCUGACUUACGAUUAUAUUUUUGGGACAUUUGGCGCUGGAGUUGCUGAUUUAGUUGAAGGGGUUUCUAAACUGAGUCACUUAAGCAAGUUGGCUCGAGAAAAUAAUACAGCUUGCAAGUCUGUUGAAGCAGACCGCCUGCAUACCAUGUUCCUUGCCAUGGCAGAUGCAAGAGCUGUUCUCAUUAAAUUGGCAGAUCGAUUGCAUAAUAUGAUGACACUAGAUGCAUUGCCAGUGGCCAAGCAACAGAGGUUUGCAAAGGAGACUUUGGAGAUUUUUGCACCUCUGGCCAAUCGGUUAGGAAUAUCUAGUUGGAAGGAACAAUUGGAAAAUUUGUGUUUUAAGCACCUCAACCCAGACCAGCACGAGGAGCUUUCGUCAAAGCUUGUGGAGUCAUAUGAUGAUGCAAUGAUUACUUCUGCAGUAGAGAGAUUAGAGCAAGCACUUAAAGAUGAAGGCAUAUCUUAUCAUGUCAUUUCUGGGCGACAUAAGAGCUUGUAUAGCAUUUAUUGCAAAAUGUUGAAGAAGAAGCUAACCAUAGAUGAUAUCCAUGACAUUUAUGGGCUGCGCUUGAUUGUUGACAAGGAGGAAGACUGUUAUAAAGCUUUGAAAGUUGUUCAUCAGUUAUGGUCUGUGGUACAAGGAAAGCUUAAAGAUUACAUACGUUGCCCCAAGUUCAAUGGGUAUCAAUCUCUGCAUACUGUGGUGAUGGGUGAAGGCAAGGUUCCCCUUGAAGUGCAAAUUCGGACAAAAGAUAUGCAUUUACAAGCAGAAUUUGGAUUUGCUGCUCAUUGGAGAUAUAAGGAAGAUGACUGUCAGCAUUCUUCAUUUGUGCUUCAGAUGGUUGAGUGGGCUCGAUGGGUUGUCACCUGGCAGUGUGAGGCAAUGAGUAAAGAUUGUUCAUCUGUAGGAUAUGCUGAUUCAAUCAAGCCACCAUGCAAAUUCCCUUCCCAUUCGGAUGAUUGCCCAUAUUCUUGUAAGCCUGAUUGUGUUCAGGAUGGGCCUGUGUUCGUUAUCAUGAUCGAGAAUGAUAAGAUGUCUGUUCAAGAAUUUUGUGCAAACUCAACAGUAAUGGAUUUGUUGGAAAGAGCUGGGCGAGCAAGCUCUAGGUUGACAACAUAUAGGUUCCCACUGAAGGAAGAAUUGAGGCCAAGGCUGAAUCAUUUGCCUGUAAGUGACCCCAAUUGCAAGUUGAAGAUGGGAGAUGUUGUUGAGCUCACACCAGCCAUACCUGACAAGUCUCUAACAGAAUAUAGGGAAGAAAUCCAGCGUAUGUAUGAUCGAGGGCUAUCUGUAUCAAGCAAGGGAACUGCUGCUAGCAACAUGGUUGGCUCAAGAAGUUGACCCUUGCUUUGGCUUUCACAUCUAUUCCAAUUUCCAACAUAUUAUUUAGUGACAGUUAUUUAUGUAUAUAGAUAUAUUUGUACAGAACUACAACUAUAUGUUACUACUAUCAACUUGCUAACUUGAUUCAAUUAUGUGCUGAAUGAUUGAUUUAUGUAGUUGGUUCAAUUAUCCUGGUAACUUAAUUGCACCCCACUUUGCUUCAAGAAUUCAGGAUUUAUUUUUUUGAGUCUUGCCUUUAUCAAAUAGUUUUAUCUUUAUAUUGCGAGAUGCCCC